AUGGCUUCUACCAAAAUCUCGAGCCUCACUGUGGAACAGACGAACCCUUUGGAAGUAGGCAAACAAGCCAAAUAUGUCAUUCGACACGCCGAGAAUAUGAAUGGCAACGAUUUCAUCUUGUCUUUUCCACGAGGCGCUUACACCGGUAUGCGAACAGUUCAAAAAACAGCUGUGGUUGAACUUUUGUCGCAUUUGAAACGGUUAAGCAGUUCGCUUUCGCUAAUGAAGUUUGUGCCUGAAAACAACAACGACAGCGCUAAUGGUACCGAGCCCAAACAUGUAAGCAGCGAGCUAUCGUCGUUUCGUGACCCGUUGAAGCUCGAGGAAAAGCUUGUGCCACUGCUAAAAGAAGGUCUGUCGUCCUUCAAGCAUGGCGAGCAAGAGACUAAGAUCACGAUCAUUAUUGCCUACUCUCACGAGCAAGGGAAACCAUGCUUUGCCGCACAAUUCUUGCCAUUGGCGGCACCCGUACAACAACGGGUCAAAGUGAAAGUGGAAAACAAGACACGUAAUACGCCUGUAGUGAAGGAUUCUCAAUGGGUCAGGGAACGAGCUGGACUGGAAAAGAGCAAAGCACAGGAUGUCAAUGAAGUCGUGCUGACCGACGAUACCGGGAACUUGUACGAAGGCAUGUCGUCCAAUUUCUUUGCAGUCAAGACAGACGAGCGUGGCAAGGCCGUGGUAAUGUGUGCACCCCUUGAACAUGUGCUGCUAGGCACGGUCAUGAAAAUCGUAAUGAGUGUCUGUGAAAAGCACCACAUUCCGAUCGAGUGGCGUUUCCCGCAGAUUGCGGACGCACGGGCCAACAAAUGGCAAGGCUGUUUUAUAACCAGUUGA